UUCAUGCUGCGCAGCCUCAAACCCCCUUCUUCAAUGUCCUUGCUGCGCAGCCUUUAUGCUGAACACCCACACCCACACUCUUCUUUGAGAAACGUAUCACACACACACACCCACAAAGCACGGUUGGCCGAGGGAGGAGAAUCGCACCGGCGUCGGGCUUCACCACCGCCGUCGCGCUGGGCCGUUGUGCUCCACGCUGUCCCGUCGGUGCUGCACACCGAGGGAAGAGAGAUCGAGAACAGAGCUGCAAUUGGAGGGGAAGAGACUGACGGGAAGGGCCUCGCGAGGAGGGUUCACGCCGUGCCGCCGCCAGCGCUGGGGUCUGACGCCGCCUGUCACCGUCGGGAGCUUCCUUGCCAUUGCCACAGAAGCUGCCUUUGCCGGCGCUGUUGGAGGCGCGAACGGAAGAACGCCGUUGAGAAGGGAAAUGUGAGCUGCGAGCCAUGGGCUGAGGAGAAGCUCCACCCUCGUUGUCGCUGGAGGAGUUCUGUGCGUCGCCGUCGAGGGUUACUGCGGGUGGGGAGAAGACGCCGCCGCCUCACGCCGCUGUCACCAUCUGAGCUCGCUGCUGCUGAUGAUGGUAAGCCCAAACUGUCGCCAGCAAAGGGAUUCAGGCCUCCGCAGGUGUUGCUGCCGGAAAAGGGAACUGCAUCUCCGUGAUUCCGGCCGCCGGGAGAGGUUCUGUGACCUCUGGAAGCACCGCUGGAGUUCCGAACUCAGCUUCUGCCACUCGAGACCCUACUGCCGUCGCCGAAAAUGUUUGCCGUUGGCGUGAUCUGAAAUUGUCGUCGCUGUCGCUUGAGGUGGCUGCCGCGUUGCCGCCGAACCAGUUCGGAGACCGCCGCUGUUUCGGUUCAACCGCUCCUUCUUCGGUUCGAGUUGUUGAGACUGUUGCGAAAGUGGCUUGGAGCUGAGGUUUUGGUUGCCGUCGGUUCGAUUUGAGGCGGAAAUGACUUGAUGAGUCAUCUGGGUUAUGGAAUUGCGUUUUGAGGUAGGGGCGCUUUCCAAAAACUAUUUUUUAUGUAUUGAAAUUAUUACAUAUGGAUACUGAUGUGAGAUAUUGUGUAUUUGGUGAUUGUAUCUGCCUUAUGUAUUACUUGAUUGACUCGAAUGAUUAUGGAUGUUGGUUUGGCUGAA